UUUCAUUUAGUUUUUGGUUUCACAAAACCUCCUUUUAUUUAAGAAUAAGCUCAGAAGCUGCUUUUCCACAGCUCCAGAGCUUCAAAGAAGCAGAGAUCUUAUUUCAUUUCUGUACUACAACAGCUUCAGCUAAAAUUAAAAACUCCCACAGAAAACAGCAAGAAAAACAGAAGUUAGAAGGCAGCAGCAGCCUCCAUGUCUGACUCAGAGAUUAUUCUCUGUCUUCUUCCAUCAAUUGUAGCUCUCUUCCUCUUCCUCAUUCUUCUCAGAAGGAAGCAGAACCAGAAAACCAGACUCAAUCUCCCGCCAGGAAACAUGGGUUGGCCUUUUCUUGGUGAAACCAUUGGCUACUUGAAGCCCUACUCUGCAAUCACCAUUGGCAAAUUCAUGGAGGAGCAUAUCUCAAGGUACGGGAAAAUUUACAAGUCGAAUUUGUUUGGGGAGCCAACAAUUGUGUCAGCAGAUGCAGGGCUCAACAGAUUCAUAUUGCAGAAUGAAGGGAGAUUGUUUGAAUGCAGCUACCCAAGAAGCAUAGGAGGGAUUCUUGGGAAAUGGUCCAUGCUGGUUUUGGUCGGUGACAUGCACAGAGACAUGAGGAUGAUAUCUCUCAACUUCUUGAGCCAUGCCAGACUCAGAACCCAUCUGAUGAGAGAAGUUGAAAAGCACACUCUUCUUGUUUUGGGGAGUUGGAAGGAAAACUCUGUUUUUUCAGCUCAGGAUGAAGCUAAGAAGUUCACGUUCAACUUGAUGGCCAAACAUAUCAUGAGCUUGGAUCCUGGAAAACCAGAGACUGAGCAGCUGAAGAAAUUGUAUGUUACUUUCAUGAAAGGUGUGGUUUCUCCUCCUCUGAAUUUACCAGGAACAGCUUACAGAAGAGCCUUACAGUCAAGAUCAACGAUUCUGAAGUUUAUAGAGUGCAAAAUGAAAGAAAGAUUGAUGGAGGGAACCGAAAACAUUGGGGAAGAUGAUCUGCUUGGAUGGGUUCUGAAGAAUUCAAAUCUUUCAAAGGAGCAAAUUCUUGACUUAAUAUUGAGCUUGCUCUUUGCUGGCCAUGAAACUUCAUCAGUGUCUAUAGCCUUAGCAAUUUACUUUUUACCAAGCUGCCCUAAUGCAAUUCUGCAGUUAAGGGAAGAACACAGUGAAAUUGCCAAAGCCAAGAAACUGGCAGGCGAGACAGAGUUGAAUUGGGAGGACUACAAGAAAAUGGAGUUCACCGAAUGUGUAAUCUGUGAGACACUUCGGCUUGGGAAUGUGGUGAGAUUUUUACACAGAAAGGCUCUGAAGGAUGUUCGGUACAAAGGGUAUGACAUUCCAUCUGGGUGGAAAGUGCUUCCGGUGAUUGCAGCCGUGCAUUUGGAUCCUUUACUUUUUGACCACCCGCAACACUUCAAUCCAUGGAGAUGGCAGCAGAAUAACAACCACCACCACCGUGGAUCAUCGUCGUCAUCAUCAUGCUACACGAGCAUGACAAGUCACAACUUUAUGCCAUUUGGGGGAGGACCACGACUUUGCGCCGGUUCAGAAUUGGCCAAACUUGAAAUGGCCGUGUUCAUCCACCACCUUGUCCUCAACUUCCACUGGGAGUUAGCCGAUCCUUUCGACAAACCUUUUGCUUUCCCCUUCGUCGAUUUCCAAAAUGGCCUACCAAUCACAGCCCACCGCUACGUACCAAACUAAUCUCAUAUAAUCCCAACAAUUUUAAACUCCAUGAAAUUAGAUUGGAAUCAAAUCAAAUCAGACUCCAUUGUUUCUACUGCACCAGGGAUAUGAGAGACUUUCCUACACUUUGGUAUGCAACUGUGAUAUCCGGACUAAUGAUACAACGUCUUGUAAGAACACAGUUGUCAUGGUGGCGUAGGAAGUGUAGAUAAGUAGAUGAGUCUUUCUUGUACUACUAGACGUACUCAGAUGCAAAAAAAAAAGGAAGAAAAAGACCAAAUGUACUGCUACAGCUACUCGGAUGAUAUAUACUAGCUAGGACCACUCUCACCAAGCUGCAUAUAUGCAAAAACCCUAGAGGAUAAACAAAAUAUCUCGUCUUCCUUUUCUGUCUCAUUAAAUUUGAUUUUGUCUUGAGUCCUUCAUGCAUGUUGGGAGAGACUCGAGGGUAAAUUAUUUAUUUAUAUGUAAUAAUAUUUAUUUUUCUUUUUUACCGUAAAAUAUUAAUCAUUUAUAUUUCCA